GUCAUUACGUUCCGUUCAGAGGCUAUGGCGCUUCCUGACUGGAUAGUAACGCUGGUGGUAGCUGCAUCUUUCUUCUGUUUCCUAUGUUUGUGUGUCCGCUACAGGCGUUUUUGGAGAAAAUUGUUGAGCAAGAUAAUGGCCCGCACGGAGAAGCCGCUGUUUCGAAUCGCGUACACACUCUACACGAGGACCAGACUCGGCUACAUGUACUACAAGAGACAAAUGAGGAAAGCACGAGAAAACUAUCCCGCUGGACACUCUACGUCCUGUCCAGUAGAGUUCAAUGGCAUUAAAAUAAUUCCUAUCUCGGUGCUGUCAGACAACUACAGCUACCUUGUCAUUGACACAGCCUCCAGCGUCGCAGUUGUUGUGGACCCCGCAGACCCUCAGUCGGUUCAGACAGUCCUUGAGGAAGAGGGUGUGAUGUUGGAGGCAAUAUUUUGUACGCACAAGCACUGGGACCACAGUGGGGGAAACAAAGGGCUGAAAAGGCUUCACAGCUCGUGCCGCGUAUAUGGAAGUGCAGCUGAUAACAUUCCUGGCCUCACACACCCUCUCUCACACAAAGACUCUGUAACAGUUGGACGAAUGCACUUUAAGGCCUUCUUUACUCCCGGACACACAGUGGGCCAUAUGAUCUACCUCCUCGAUGGCCAAGCUGUUGGCGCCCCCUCCAGCCUCUUCUCUGGUGACCUGGUGUUCCUGUCGGGAUGUGGGAGGAUGUUUGAAGGCACUGCCACAACAAUGCUCUCAUCUCUGGACACGGUUGUCUCCCUAAGCGAUGACACUCUUCUGUGGCCUGGUCAUGAGUAUGCAGAGGACAACCUACUGUUUGCUGCUGAGGUUGAGCCACGCAACACUGCCAGGGAAAAUAAAUAUCAGUGGGUGCUGCAGCAGCGAGGCCAGAAGCUGUGCACGAGCCCCUCCACCAUCGGAGAAGAGAAGCAGUACAAUCCUUUCCUGCGCAGCCACUCCGCUGACCUCCACCUGGCUCUGGGGGUCCAGCAGUUCCAGGAUGAAGACUGGACCCAGUUCAGGGCGCGGGUGCUGGAGGAGCUGCGAAAACGCAAAGAUCUCUACAACAGGAGAUAGUAUGACCGAGAAGAACCGAGGACGAGCGAACCUGCACACCUAGACACUGGUACGAAACCAGCGACCUUCAGUUGGAAAGUAGGAAAGUAAGCUGAUCUCCGAGGCUACUGUAUAAAAAAGUUCUCUCUUUUUCUUUUUUUUACAUGUAAUUUAGUAGUUUCUGACAUUUAUAUCAGCCUGGAUCAGCGACCAGUAGGAAGAGAGUCUUCAUUACAUGUUGCUCUCAGUAGUCCUCUUACCUCUCCACAUGCUGUGAAUUAUAGUCAUUUUGUGUUCAUGGUCAGAGUAGUGCUCACUUACUGCAUUUUUUACGUUGCUUUUUAAAUAAUAAUGUAGAUUUGCAUGAGUAGUUUUGUUGACUUUUACAAGUAGGUACAACUUGAUUUCUGAUUCUGUUUGCAAAACACACGUCAAUACACUACAAUUAAUAACGAAGCCCGUUAGGUACUGAACAGUCAAAGUAAAUUAUUAGGACUAGUGCUAAAAUGCCUCCCAUGACAAUCUAUGGUACUCAGCCUGUAAUUGUUACCCAUGUUUACAGUGCUGCUGAAGAGUAACGAACCUCGAGAUCUGAGUGUUUCAUUGUGAGCAUUUGAUAUUGUCGUGUUAUUUUCAACAGUAAUGGUACCAUUAACUUAAAUAUGCCGUCUGUUCUUUGUGUUAAAGUGAGUCCAACGCCUAACAAAAGUCAAUCUGUACAUUAAGUUUUCAUGUGGAUGCUUUAAAAUACUGAAUCAGUGCAGGUUGUUAUGUUGACCUACAACCAGUGUUGCUAACAUUACGUGCUGGUAUUGAGUGUUGUUUGUUUUUCUCCACAUGGUUUUUGUUUUAUAAUUUAUGUCAAGAAAAGUUGGCCAAAGGUAAAACACAUGCUUUCUCGUAAGUAUAUCAUUUGUGCCUCUCAGCACAUUUUUGCUGCACUAAUUGUUCCACAUUCAAAUCUGUGUUUUCCAAGUGUUUUUUCACUACAUGAAUGUGAGCAGCAAACUAAGUGAAGGUUUCGACUGCAUUGUAAUGUAUGAAACGUAACUGAAUUGCUGUUGAAGGGAAGAAUCCGCACGUUAGCCUCUUGAACUGCAUUUACAAUGAAGAUAAUAGCGCUUAUAGGAUGUACACAUUCGCAGUGUAGGGAAUCCGUUUUGACUGAUGUUUAAGAGUGGUGAGAUUGAACUGAUAGACUGAUUGAAUUGAUAUUAUUUUUAAUAUGAGUAUAGUAUGCCAGUGACCUUUUUAUGACCCAUAUAAAAAUUUGAAAUUCAAACUUGUUCAUAUUUUUUUUAUAUAUAUUACUGGAGUUAUAAUGCUGUGAAUAUGGUUGGCUAUUAAGAUGCUGGUCAGCAUAAGCUUUUUUUUAGACUGCUAAAAACACGAUGUUACUGUUAGCGUUGCUAGCUUGCUAAUUCCAUAACAGCUGAACUGAAGCUUAGGCUGUUAAUGCGCUCUUUCGUAGGCACUGACUACUCUGCCUAAAAUUGUUUGUGUUUUUUAAAAAAAAACAAAUCAUACUUGGACCACAAGUUAUCUGUUUUUGUCAUUCUGUCAUGCUAUCUUUCUUUUGUAGAGUCAACAUUUUGUGGUUAUUAAUGUUGUGGUUCUGUAUCAGGGUCUUCAUUACCUUCCAGACGUUAUCUAAAUGUGUAAGUAAUACAUAAGACAUAUUGUACAUUUUGCAGCUCAUUUCCUUUUAAAGCUUGAUGAACAUGAUUUGGAUGAAUUACUUUAUUAAAGGACCAGUGGGUAGGAUUUAGUGUCCUCUACUGGUAAGGUUGCAGAUUACAUCAAAUUGACUAUUUCUUCCUUUCUAAGCUUAAAAUUGCAAAUACAAACAUGAAAGAGCCCAUUUAGAGCCAGUGUUGGGUUGUAGAAUUGUACAGUGGGGAACAUUGCAGACUCUGCUGCAGAGGAUGAUACUCACUGUCAAGACAGCAAGAGCUAAUUUUAAGCUAAUGAAAAAAAAACAAAAAAACAUUAUGUUUCCUCUGAUUAUACACUAAUAACAUGAAAAUGAAUUAAAUUCAUCAUGGAUAUCGCGUUCUGCAUCUGCCAAUACAGCACGGCAAAGCCGUUUCUGAAUGACUACUGCACUAAUAGUUGAAAAGAUUUGGAUUUCAUAAGUAGAUUGGGUCCUGGAUUUAGAAAAAGCUGUUGCACCCUAUCUCUAACUAUGAAGAAAAAUAUGAUCCUCUUCUCAUGCACAUUUCUUUAUUUUGUAUGCCUUGCUUUUUUGUUCUUUCUUUUACAUAGACAAAUCUAUAAAGGAAUGGGAAAUAACCUCUGUUUAGACUUGGAGCAGCCAGAAUGCAUAAAAGUCUCUUUAGAAACUUUGAGAGGAGGUUUGAAAGCACUUCAGAUUCCUCAACCUAAAAAAAAAAAAGCACCUUCUCCCCUGGUGAUUGUUGACUAAAAUGUUAUUCUGUUUGUUUGUUUGAUGCUGAUUCACACCUUAUUUGCAUAUGUUUGAGUUAUGAAUACCACUGCAUGGGAGACUGUUUCACUUCAGGUUAUGUUUUAAUGAGGAAAUAUGAAAGUAAACUCUUCCAUUAGA